GUUCCCAUCGGAAACGUCAUGCGCACAUGGGUGUCCGCGUUUGGACUUGAUCGACGCAUCCCCUUCUCGACUGGGAUUCGGCCGACAGGUGGGUCGCGGGGGGGUCACGGGCGGGUGGUGGGUUGGUCGCGGGCGGGUCGCGUGGAGGGCCGCGGGUGGGUCGCGGGCGGGUCGCAGUCGGGUCGCGGUUGGGUCGCGGGCGUCACCGAGGAAGCCGACUUCAGGUGGGCCGAGGUGCUGCGGCAGGCAGCGUCGGCGCCCGGCGGCGCGGUCUACGUUCAGCAGGACGUCGUCGGCCUCUCCGACGCCGAUGCCGCGGCACCGCUGGUGGCGGCGUUCGCGCCGCUGGGCCCCGAGGGCGAGGGGUUCAUCCUGGCAGGGCUCUCGGCCUGCGCGCGGACCUCUCCCUCGGAGGUGGUCCUGGCUGGCCUCGGCAGGUGCAUUUCGGUGUGCUCCCACGACGAGGCCUCGCCCGACGAGCGGGCGAGGGGGCGCCCCCUGCUGCUUCAGUCCAGCUUCAAGCCGCUCGUCUACGCCAUGGUGCUCGAGAGCGGCCUCGGCGGGGAACUCGAGCGCGCCGUCGGCGACGAGGGGGACCGCGGCUUCGCCGACCCAGGCUCCACCUCCGACGGCCGCGCCUUCAACCCGCUGAUCAACUCUGGCGCGCUGGUGGCGCUGGAGCUUCUGUCGAGGCGGUACAGCGUCGAAGAGGUGGGCGCCUGGUGCUGCGGUCGCACGGACGGCGGCGCGGACCCCUCGCAGCCGAGGCUAUUCGAUCCCAGAGCCGUGGCGGCGACGAUCGCCGACUCAGCCAGGAACCGUCGGCUGUGCGCUGGCCUGGCGGCGGCUGGGCUCAUGCCUGCGGAGGAGGCCGCAACCGAGCGGGCCGUGGUGUACUACGCGCACAUGGACUGCCUGCUGCUCACCGUGGGGCAGCUCGCCGCCGUCGCGCGCGCUUUCGCGCGGACUGCGGAGGGCCCCGGCGGCGACGAGGCAGCCGCCUCGGGCGCUGCGAGGUGUUCCUUAGAGUGCAGCCUGGGCACAGUCCGACGCGUCCGCGAGGUAAUGCUCCGAUGCGGCAUGUACGAGGCGAGCUCGGCGUGGCGCAGCAGCGGGGGGCCUCCGGCCAAGAGCGGGGUCUCCGGCGUGGUGUGGGGCUCCGUCGAGGGGGCCACAGCGCUGCUGCAGGCGGCCGCGCGGGAGCUGCGGGCGGGAGGGCGGGGGCAGGCGGGUGCGGGCUGA